AUACUUGCUGCAGACCAUCAAAAUGUGUAAAAUAAAAGUUUUGGUUCUUCUUUCGGUAUUCGCUGUAAUUUCUGUGGCUACAGCGUCUGCUGAUAGACGUUCAAACCAAUUGAAAGUGAAAAACUUACUUCAAAACUUGCAGUUAUCUGAUAGAGAUAGUAAAGUCCUGGGAAAGUAUCAAGGGUUGAUGCAUUAUGCCGGUGAAUAUGAAGCAGAACUAAAAGCAGAAUCACUGAAUAGCCGUAACUUCCGAUUGCCCAACAACACUGAACCAGUAAGCUACAAUAUACGUUUAAGUACCGACAUUCACCGAGGUGACUUUGGAUUUCAAGGGGAAGUGACUAUUGUUAUUCGAGCAUUAGAAGCUACAAACAGCGUAACGCUUCACUCUCGCCAAACGAUUAUUGAGCGAAUUGAUCUAUUUGCACCGAAUGGAACCUUAGUUCACGGAAAUGUUCCGUUUACGUAUGACAGUGAGGUGGAGUUUUUAGUUAUUCCAGUUGAUAGUGGAUUAGUCGCCGGCCAAGAGUUGUCCAUAGACAUUUCUUACCAAGGAUUUCUACGGUCGGAGUUAAUGGGGUUCUUUCGAACUUCUUACUAUGACGAUGAAACUGACCAGGACAUUUGGCUAGCAACCACUCAAUUUCAGCCUAUCAACGCACGACAAGCAUUUCCCUGUUACGACGAGGUUCGCUAUCGACGACCAAUAAGUCUUCAAAUUCGUCAUAAUCGACACUACAAUGCUAUUUCAAAUAUGCCAGUAAGCGAACAGAUUGAGAAUGGUGAAUACAUCACAACCGUAUUUGAGGAAACGCCACCUAUUCCGGUAUUUGUGUUGGCGUUUACUGUUUCUGAUUUUGAUUUCGUCGAAAUAAAUAAUCCUGAUGUAGACCUUCGAGUCUACGCAAGACCGUCUGCGAUUGCUGCUGGUCAAGCUGAUGAUGGUCUGAGGCUUGGAGAGGUAAUGCUACGAGCGAUAGAAAAUCUCUUUGGUAUUUCAUACACAUUGCCAAAAAGUGAUCAAGUCGCUAUUCCAUCCUUUGCAAGCGAUGGAGCUCUCAAUUGGGGACUUAUCACGCAUCGAGAAGAUGUAAUACUUCAACAAAGCAAUGACACACGCGCACAAAGACGUCGGCAAUUUCGUGUUGCACAUGAAUAUGCUCACAUUUUCUUUGCAAAUUUGAUUGCACCCUCUUCGUGGUCAUAUCUUUGGCUAAACGAAGGAAUUGCAACACUCUACGAAGUUGUACUCAACACUAUCUACCUAGGAGAUAAUCAGUGGCAGAUCUUUUUGAUGGAAUACUUUGAUGUCGCAAUAGCGUUAGAUGUGUCUGGUUUAGUACCAGCCUUAAAUAAUUACGUUGAAUCACCACAAGAAAUCCGUGCCAAAUUUGACUUUGUCACUUACAAUAAGGGUGCAAUAAUUGCUCGAAUGUUUGGUGAAGUUACCUCUAGAGACAUAUGGGUCCAGGCCAUGAUUUAUUACAUAAAUGAGAAACAAAUGGAAUCUGCAUCACCACAAGAUGUUUACAAUGCCGUACAGCGAUCAUACGACGAAGCGCAUCCGUUAAACAAUCUCAAUUUCACUCUUUUAAUGAGUCCCUGGUUCGAUUUCGCUGGAUUUCCCGUUGUAACAGUAAGCAGAAGUGAUGAAGGUAUCAUGAUAUCACAGGAAGGCUUCAAAACGUUGCACAAUGAAAUAUUUCCGAUUCCAAUCAAUUUUGCGAGUGCGUCUGUUCCGAACUUUAGUGACACUGCAGCAGGAUUUUGGAUGAUAACCGGACAAUUAACAAUUUACCGUCAGAAUAUCUACAGAACGUUUACGGAUGACGAUUGGAUCAUUUUCAAUAUUCGCGACACAGCGUACUAUAUCACAAACUAUGAUGAUAAUUUAUGGAAUCUCAUUAUUGACGCUCUUAACAAUGAUCACGACGUUAUUCACUUCCUAAACCGCGGUACACUUUUCGCUGAUUUUCACCGUUUCAUUGCUCAAGAUUACAACGUCAGCAUGGUCUACUUUUUACGUAUGAUGGAAUCUCUUCCGCUUGAAUUUGAACCGCAUGUUUGGUCCCGCGCUGCUCUUGGUCUAGCUCUUGCUGAAGUUCGACUUCGUGGCACUGAAUUUGCAGACGACUACAGUGACUUUGUGCGAGAAAUCAUGAGUGAAAUUUAUGGAGACCGUUCGUUUGAAGAUCGUCAUGCAAUGGACGUCAUCAACCAUUGGAGUUGUUGGUCUGGCAUACAAGAAUGCUUAGAUGAUGCUUUGAACGUUUUGGUGGAAGUAAUGGAAAGUGGAAGCACAGACUUUGAAUUUGAUUACCAAUGCAAUGGUUUACGAGCUGCAAACCAGGCAAUUUGGACGGAGUUUUAUUAUAGCACUGUAGAUUCAACAUCAAACGAUGAUCGAUCCACUGCUUUGCAAGAUUUAUUAUGCACGGGUAACGAGGAACUUCUCCGCUUCUAUCUGAACCAAGCUUUGAAUACCACAAACAGUUUAUCAGCUUCGGAACGCGCGGUAAUCUUAACUACAGCUGCUGUACAAAGUGAGGCAUCGAAUUAUUUGAUGACGGAAUUUAUUACGCAAAAUCAUGAGACGAUCAAUGAUAUAACAAGCGUCUCCACUUCGACUUUGAUAUUGCAAAUGGCAAUAGUAGCCAACAACUACAUUCAGGCUGAAACGGUUUUGUCACUCGUGCAAUACGCUUCUGACGACGAGGUCACCGAGGAGAUGAUCGUCGAAAUAGUUCAGCCUAAUUUAAAUUUCAUUUAUAGGAAUGCAGAAGCAUUGACUGAAUGGUUUAACGAACGAAGAUGAAUUUAACUAACAAAACAAAUGAGCAAUAAAGUAGUGGGUACAAA